AUGGCAGACGAACACGCUAGCGAAACGAUGGUCCCAAUAGAGGCCAUCCAGACGGUGGAUCCUGAAGUCGUCGCUAAACUCCCCCCCGCGACCCAGAUCUCCAUCGUUCCCCACGGCAUCAGCCUAUGGACACGCACCGCUCGUCUGGACGUCGAGCACGAUGGCGUUCGUAAGCCGUAUUUCCUCAAGACUUCCUACGGCGCCCUCGGCCGCGCAAUGACGCAAAGCGAGUUCCAAUGCAUGUCCCGCAUGCGCCGCGCCGCGCCGGACCUGGUGCCGGAGCCUCUUGCUUCGGGGUCGUUUUCCGGCGUGCCGGACGUGCAUUUCCUGCUGUGCGAGUUCCGGCGUAUGACGGGGACGGUCCCGGCCCCCGAAGCACUCGCUGCGAAGAUUGCGGAGCUGCAUCGGUGUAGUGCUGGUGGUAGUGGUGGUGGUGGUAAGUUUGGGUCGGACGUGCCGACUUUCCAUGGGAACGUGCAAGUCGACCAUGGCUGGUCUGGGUUUUGGGAGGAGUACUUCGCGAGGACGACGAGGGUGUUGUUUGGGCUGGAGCAAGAGGCGCAGGGACCAAACGAGGAAAUAAAGGGGAUGAUAGCGCCUUUCUUCGACAAGGUAAUCCCCCGCCUCCUCCGCCCCCUAGAAACAGGCGGCCGCUCCAUCCAGCCGUGCCUUAUCCACGGCGACUUAUGGCACGGCAACGCCGAGACGGAUGCGGAAACCGGCUUGCCUAUCGUCUUCGACGCGGCGUCCUUCUACGCCCAUAACGAAUAUGAACUCGGCGUCUGGCGCCAGCCGUGGAAUAACAUUGGCGAGGCUUACCGGGCGGAAUACUACAAGUAUAUGCCCAAGUCGCAGCCGGAAGAGGACUGCGACGACCGGAACGCCUUAUAUGCAGUCCGAGUCAAUAUCCUCGACUCUAUUUUAUACAAGGACGAUCCCAGUUACCGACAGAUGUUGAUAUCUGGUAUGCGCGAGCUCGUCGAUAAGUUUCCCGGUGGCUUUGAAGAGUGGGACGCCUCGCAGGAAAAGGAGGCGGCGUGUAAGUAGACUUUUGCACUCG